GAGACAACCAAACAACAACCGCACUCUGCAUCUCUUUUACUGAACUAGAGAACGUUUUGCGUCGUCUCUACAGUUGAGUGUUUUGUGUUGUUCUAGUUGCACGAUAUAAUCCCAGCUAGCUCGUCGUGUAGCUGGCUAGCGAGUUUGUGAGCCGUUAAUCGAGGCAUAUUAUAUUUCUACUGAAGAAACUGACAAAAAAGAUAUGGAGACUUAAAAGGACAAGAAACUGACUUUGGAAAGACAUGGACUCAAAUGAAGAUAAUCAGGAAUCAGAGCACAGCCGAUUGUCCCAUCGUAGCAAUGGCAAGGUCUCUGAAUUUUCUCUCCAAUCUGGGAAAAAGGAGAAAUAUCGAAAGGACAUAGAGAGCUCAGCUGGGGAUCGAGCACAAAGUAAAACACGAGAGCCAGUCAGAGACCCAGACCGUGAUCGUUGUUCAGAUGGAGAGCGCAGUAGUGCCUCUUUCUUCUCAGAUGAUUAUGAAAAUGUCUCACACUCUGAUCGGUCUCUGUCGCCACGGUCAGCGUCUCCAUCAGCACAGCGAAGAGGGAGAUCUAGAAAGGUGUCCAGCAGCCCCUUAAUUCGAGCAGGUGUUCGUAAAGGUGUAACACGGCGUCCCCCUCCCCACUCCCAUCAUCCUCAGCAGCGGUCAGGAGGCAUACAAUCUCAUAUCUUGAGUAAAGAUGCUCCAUCUAAAGAGGUCGACAAGGUCACUAAGCGCAUGCUGUCUGCACGUCUGCUUAAGAUCAACGAGCUAAAGAACGGACUGUCUGAGCUACGUUUACAUGCGGAUGAGCUGCAACGUGAGAACCGUUUAUUGCGGCAGCUGCAGCUGCGGCAGGAGAAAGCACUGCAUCGCUACAACGACACAGAGAGUGAGAUUUCACAGCUGCUGUCUCGCCACAACAAUGAGACUCAUGUUCUGCGCGAGAGGCUACGACGCAGUCAGGAGAACCAGCGCGCAGCUGAGAGCAGCCUAAGGGAGAUGGAUGCCCAGCUCCAGCGCUGUCGCAGCCAGCUCCAGAAACUGCAGCGACUCGCAGACGACCAGAAUCUUGGAGAGAGGGAGGAGCUCUCGCGCAAACUGAUGCACACACAAGCAAAAUUGCAAGAGAGUGAACGCAAAGUGAAGGAAUUGGAAAAGAACAUGGAGCUGAGUAGUGGGAGCUUUCAGAGGCAGCUAGCUAAUGAGAUGAGAAGAACUCAUGAUACCCAACUGGAAGUUAAAGCACUACAGGAGGAAGUGGAGAGACUUUGCACUAAACUAAAGGAGAAAGAAAGGGAGCUGGAUGCUAGGAACAUCUACUCUAACAGGAUGGGGAAAGCUUCUUCUAAGAAAGAAGUAUAUAAUUGCACCAAGAGGAAAGGCCCUAGCACAACCAGUACUAUAGCUGUACAGACUGAGCAGAGGAUGUCCUCACUGGAUUUCCCCUCGCCUCAUCCAUCUCUUACCAAUGAGCUCCCACCUGAUGACCGAACUGAUGAUUACCUCACUCUGAAGGCACUCCUUUUUAUCAUUAAUUUUCCUUCUCUUUCUUUUUCUAUAAAAUAUCAGCAGGAUCAGCAAGACCGAAAGCAGAAACAGAGAGAAGCAAAGGACUGGAUGAUACAAGAUUUUUGGAGAGAGAGGGAGAAAGAAAGAGAGAGGGAAUCAGCAGUGGGACAGAUAAAAGAGAAGGAAAAAACAAAAGAGAUAUUGCAAGACAGAGAAAGAGAAAUGGAGCUACUGAAAGACAGGGAGAGGCAAAGACUAGAUCAACAGCUCAACUUACAUGAGAAGAACUCAAACGAACACAGAAAUGGCCUACACAGAGAGGAAGAGGAUUGGAGGAUUUGCCUAUCUAUAUCUCCGAAGGAGGAAGAGAUCAGGAAGCAGCAUGAACUGGAAGAGGAAGAACUUAAAGUGAGAAAUCAGGAGAUCCAUGUGGUCAAUCAAGAGCGUUCUGAAGAGGAACGUCAAUGCAAGGAGCAAAUAUUGGAAAAGAUACGAGAGAUUGACAUGCAGACUCAAGGCCAGGAUUCGGACUUCUUCUCAGACGAGACGGGAAGUGUCCGCUCUCCACCACGGUUGUCCGAGCAGCGAAACCAAAGCGGUAUUUUUAAAUUCGCAGACCAAGACGAGAACCUAAACACAUUUGGAAGUGGGAGAAGGGGGGCUGGUCUCCGAGCACAGCGACCUAGCGAGAAUCUUGAUCUUGCUUUUGGCAGCUAUGCCCCAUCUUUUGGUAAGUCUGCUCCCCGGGGAGGUUUGGGCUCCCGGAAUGCAAAUCAGAACUCAAACCCACAGCCUCCACGAGAACUGGAUGGAAGGAUGGAUCUGGAUGGUAUUGUGAAAGAGAGGAAGGCCAACCUCAUGCAGCAGCUUUUCGGGUCCACUUCCACUUCACCUCCUUCUGACCUUCCCAGCAAGAUGGAGAUCCUAAGCCCCCCUCUUACUGCCCAGCUCUCAUCAGGACCAGUGAGUGGACGCAGCAGGGACACUGACACACCAACUAGACUAAACUUCAAUUCUCUCCCCAAAAAUAGAAGCACUUUCCAAGUCUCUGAGAGCCGACCAGCAGUUGGGGCCAUUACAUCAUUUGAUGACGACAUAGAGGAAGUCACACUCUGAUUGUGAUGCUUGUAUAAACAUUGUACAUGGAAGAAACAGUUUCUUGAAAACAGGAGGAGAACAUCCAAAAACACCUGAUACUUGGUUUUGUGCUCCCUUAUGAAG